UGUUUGUUAAAAACCUGCAGACUCUCAAAGUUUUGCGACAUGCAUUUCAUAGUGACGCUUGGUUUAAUAUUCUUAAUUAGCCAUAUCUGUAUGAACUAUGUCGAAUCUAUGUCUUAUGAUGAUCUAAACUGUGUAGUGGAUGACACAUUACCAGCAUCAUCAGCUGACAACUAUGUUGACUGUCAAUCAAAAGAAAUGGUAGCAGCAGGACGAAACAAGUGUUGUAAGAUAGAGGGAAGUGUUGGGUGUUGCGAACCUGGUGGCAGGUGGAAGAAAAUUCUGGCUAUGAGCCUGGGUAUAGGACUGACCUUCAUAACAUUAGCUGUUAUUUAUAUCUAUUUGUUCUGGUGUAAGAAGGACACUAUUCCUUGUCUCGGACGUUGUCAGGAUAGAAUACAAAAGAAAUACUACCAAGCUGAAGAUUCACUUCCAUGUUGUGCCAGUCGUGUCGAAAGACGUAAACAAGAGCAAGAAAUUAUGGUAAAAUCAAAAGAUCAACCGGCAUUUAAUUUACCAGACGACGAAUUUUGUAACUCAAAUUACAAAGAAGAGUGGUGGAGUGGACAAACAAUUAAAAACUUUUGAUAUCGGAAUAUAUAUCAUUAUUUUGCCAGGAACUGUAUACGUUUGUGUAAUUAAGUUUCCGUUUACCACAAGUAUGAAU